AUGAUUCAGAUUCAGCUUUCACAACUAAAGCUGGAUUUAAAUGCUGGUAAAACAAAGUAUCAUAGUGCACUCAGAUUUGUUACAAACUCGAUCGUCACUUUAUUUUUUCAGAACAUUGAUAUCACAAACUUCAGCAGCAGCUGGAAUGAUGGCCUGGCCUUCUGCGCCGUUCUCCACACCUACCUGCCUGCACACAUCCCCUACCAAGAGCUCACCAGCCAAGAGAAGAGGAGGAACUUCACCUUAGCCUUCCAGGCUGCAGAGAGUGUGGGCAUCAAAUGCACUUUGGACAUAAAUGAGAUGGUGCACACAGAGAGGCCAGACUGGCAAAGCGUCAUGACUUAUGUCACGGCCAUCUACAAGUACUUUGAGACCUGACUUCACCAUCUUCCCCUCCCUGUUCCUGCAGCACAAUCAGAGCAAGCUCUCCUGAGCUCGCAGCAACCUUUCAACCCCGCUGUCAACUGUUAUACCUCACACCCUCUCCCCCACACCACAGCGACACCAUGUCACGCUGCAUGUCGGUCCACAGUAUUUAGCGACACUAAAGGCAGACCAGAACCUCACUGGACACACAGCUAAUCCAUCCUCCCAGUGCAGCGUGAAAGGCGCUUUGUGUAGAGUUUGGGCUUUCCUGUAUGUCUACCGUUACACUAGUAAGCCAUGCCUCUGGUAGAAGCCUAGCGAACCAAGUAUUAACUGACGAGCGAUGAAAUCCUGCAGAUCACCUUUGCCUUCAGUUCACGUCUGAAGGAGCGGCAUGAAAAAGAAAACCAAGUCUCAGUGCCUUCUACCUGGCUUUUCCUGGCAAAUAAUAUUCCUUCACAGUUAACCCAUUUUGCACGGUGUUAAGGGGGGAAUUCCUGCAAAUCCGAUUUUCAACGUUCUUUGCAAGAGGAUUCAUUUUCAUAAACGGUCACAAUGUUUUUUCUUUUGUUGGUUGUCAAUAUUUUUGUGUAACUCAUCAGCUUUCUAAAGAACAACAAACCAAACGAGCCAGUGAUGUUGGAAUUCCCCCCACAACCCUGAAAAUCCCCAUCGAAAGGAAUUCAGACAGAUGCAGCCUUUUUGCACGAAGUCUUCCAGACGUUACAGUACGAUACAGAUGCCUCUCUUUCAAUGGAAAAAGUGCCUGUGUGGAUUUUGAUGCGGGAAACCAGGAUAUGAACACUCUCUGUGGGCCAGUCGUGAAGAUUUGAGGAGUUGUUGCCAAAUAUGUUUUCAGAGCCUUUUGAUUUCAGCAGCACAAACGCACUCAUGAUGGUUUUACACUAAAGGUCUCAUGGACUGAUAAUAAUUUGACGUGUAUGGAGUUGAACGCUAAACCGUAUAAUGUGAGUGUUUGUGUUUUGUAGGCCUGCAUUUGCCAUCUUGCACUUAGACUUCUUUCAGUAGGCACAUACAGCUCACUGCAUCAGUUCAUCAUAAAUAUAAGUAGCAUUUGUUUGUUUUUAAUUAUAAAAUGUCUAUUGACUGAGUUCUGUUCAGAUCAGAGAGCCUUAAACUUUAUAAGCCUGGGACUCUAAUUUGUGAAAUAGCGUGUCACCCAGGGCCUUCAUUUUGGGAGAAUGUGCUCUAGUAUUUGGAAACCAGCAGUGACAGAUUCAUAGGUGAAGACUCGCUUUAUUUCAAUGCAGCGUCUCAUUAAAAAGGAAUACUUCCGCUUAUUAGGAAAUACACUUAUUUACUUUCUUGCCGAAUUUGAUAUGACUUUCAUGCCUGAACGUUAAAUAUAAAGCUAGAACCAGGAGAUUUUGUGUGUUUGAUGCUGAUGUUGUGUUAGACAUUUUUGAAAUUAGUGUGAGUAACCAUUACUAUAGAGAUCCUUUGUAGCACACAGUGUAAUUUCAUUUGUCUGAUUUCAGUCAGCAACAUUGAUUUUUGUGGGUAACACUUUGGGUCCCCCUAUUUAGUAAGCAGUAUAAAUACAAUACAUUAUGCAGCUAUAAGGACAUUUAAGGCAGUUAUAUAUAUACACUUAAAUCUGCUUACAACUACAUUAUAGUGUGUUAUAGACAGUUUAUUAAAUGUUUAUAUACUGUUUGUAAAUGCUAAACAGGGGGGACUUAAAACAUAGUGUUGCCAUGUAAUGCUGUGUGAAUGCUGUGAGUUUAUUGUGCCUCAACAUACCAAGUUCACUGUAUUUAUUUGCAUGGAUUCCAGACAUUGUAGUGAGGUCAUUGCUUUAUUUGUGUGCCUGAAGUGUAUAUGAACAUAUCACACAUACAGUUUAGUAGAUGCACUGAGAUAAGCUUUUUUGUUAAACUCCACACCCAUUUCCUGCCUUAACAGUUUCCACGAGUGAACCUGACGCUUCAAACUCUGGCCAAUCUCAACCAGGCCAUGUGUCACAGCGUGGAAAUUUGUUUCUAAAACAAGGUCCAUCUUGUUUGGGCCUCUUGAUGAACACUAAUAGCAAGUGACUGUGAGAAACUGGUUGGACGUGUCUGGUGAAGGUGACUGCACACUGUUGGUUUGGAUCAGAUGGGGCUGCCAAAGGGUAUCCGUAGCAACAUCUGAAGCAACAUUUUUGUCUCGAUUUUGAAGCACAUCCUGCCGUGCCGUUUGCCAAGCCACCUUGUGACAAUGUGUCCAGCUGCAUUAGAUAUUCAGUGAUUUAAAGUUAGCACAAGAGCCUCCAAAAAAGGACAGUUCCUUUUUUUUUUUUUUUUUUUUUUUUUGUGUACGAGAGAGUGCGAGUGAGUUAUUUAAUGGCAUUUGAAAAAGCAUUGGCUCUCUGUUGAUAGGGCUUUGUGAUGCUGAGGAUUAUCAGCCAACGUUUUUAUUGUGUUUUGCUUGAUUCCACCGCUGGCCCACAUGUUUUAUUGCUCCCGACAGGAACGUCUGAAAGCUACAGAAAGAUCUGAAACCUCUCCGUCCUGGAAGUGGAAUGUGUUUUGAUCACGCUUUAGUGAUCCUGGGACUUUACGAGGACCAGCGCAUGUUGACGUGGAGUGAUUGAUGAACACUGAGCCCGGCCUGUUGAGGAGAGACCAGACAGCUGGCAAAAGCUAGGAAGCACAUUCCACCUCCACAUGAUACAGCCGUAAGGGACAUGUUACAGUAGUGUUUGGGACCUGACGUGAUGCCCUUUAAGUGUAUAGCUUUACCACAGCGAGCAAAGCAAAUGUGAACGGUGCAUUAUAGGGUCCUUUUUAUCACUCAACAUUUAUUUUUCUUUUGGUUUACUUGAAAAUGCUCUGAGAAUUCCACUGAACCUGCUUAAGUUUGUUAACUUUUUGUUUCCGUGUUGCCUUUUUUACAAUCCAUGCUAGAUAUUGUUUUUGGUGUGGAUUUAUCUUUUUUUCUAAGAGAGUAUCCUGAUCACACUACAUGCAGUGCUGAAAUUGUCCCUUAGCAAAGAAUAGAGCUGAAUGAAUAAAUUUGUGUGUGUAUGUGUAGGGACUAAGCUACAGUAUUAAGUGCACACUAUGAUGAUAAUCAGUUGUAAAAAAAAUUUAUGCUGUUUGGAUUUGUGGUGUUUUAUUUUUUCUGGCAGUAGUUAUAAAAGACCAUUGAAACAGCCA